CCCACCCAAGAAUGGCCAGCAAUGCCAGCACCAGUGAUGUGGAGGGUCAGCUCAGGAGCCCCAGCCAGAAGGUGGAAAAUAAGCAUGAGGAGAAGGUCCAGGAUCCUGACAGAGAGAAGCACGAGCCCAAGGCAGACAUGGGGAGCAAAACCUGGGCAGACCUGGCUGGGGAGAUGAAGAUAUUCUUGUGGAACCCGGAGGAGAGAACAUGCAUGGGGAGAACAGCCAAGAGCUGGGGCUUGAUCUUACUGUUUUACUUCAUCUUCUACACGUGCCUGGCGGGAAUGUUUGCCUUCUGCCUGUAUGUGAUGCUGCUCACGCUGAGCCCCUACACGCCCAGGUACCGGGACCGUGUGUCCCCGCCAGGAGUGAUGAUCAGACCAUACUUGAAUGGCUUCACCAUUGCCUUCAACGUGUCCCAGCCCAACACGUGGCAGCCCUACAUGGACAGCAUGCACCACUUCCUAGCAGCUUAUGAUGACAAAGUUCAGGAGGAGAAGAACAUUGAGUGUGUCCCAGGCCAGUACUUCAUCCAAGGGGGGAGUGACAGUGAGGAGAAGAAGGCGUGCCAGUUCAAGCGCUCGCUGCUGCAGAACUGCUCUGGCAUCCAGGACCCAACGUUUGGCUACUCCAGAGGCCAGCCCUGCAUCCUGCUGAAGAUGAACAGGAUCAUUGGCUACCGCCCUGGCGCUGGAGUCCCCGUGAGCGUGGAGUGCAAAGUGCAGAAAGGCAAUGAGAGUCACCUCAGGUCGGUGGAUUUCUACCCUGGGAACGGGACAUUUGACCUCAUGUAUUAUCCCUACUAUGGCAAAUUCACCCACGUCAACUACACCUCCCCACUGGUGGCUAUGCACUUUACAGAUGUGCAGAGGAAUCACUUGGUCCCCAUCCAGUGCAGUCUGCAUGGGAAAGGAAUUAUCAACGACCUGAACAGCGAUCGCUUCCUGGGCCGGAUCAUCUUCACACUCAGCAUUGGGAAGUAGCCCCUGCCAACUCCAGGCACUUAGGAUAAGUCAAUCAGAGGCUUUUUCCUUUUUAAAGCAUCAAGCCAGCAUUUUUUCUGCUAGGAAAAGCAGGCACAUGGAGAUUAUUGUUAAUUUAUUUUUGUUCAUAGUUAGGAAACCAAUGAGAUAAAAUGGAGCGUGGAUCCACAUUUUUCAUCUUCUGAUGUAAAUCAUUAUUAGGAAAUAUUAGAAGCUUUCCCCUGGGGAGAGAACUUGCAAAAGAUUUCACUUUUGAUUGAAAAAAACCUCUGGUAUCCAAAUGUCAUUUUCAUAAGGCCUUUUAUGAGUGAUCCCUGUGGAAUGCAUCUUUCCUGGCUUUAAAUUUUAUUUUUUUAGAAUAGUUUUAUAUGCAUUUCUCAGGCAAAAGCUAAAAAGGAGGUAGUUUAUUAGCACUAUUCUUGUUAAAAUAAUAAACAGCAAACAUUCUGGAUUAUUCCUGCAAUAACAGAGUGGAAAAGUGAAAAUGGCAGCUCUCAAAAUGCUUUCUAGGAUCUCCAGCCCCAGAAGCAUAUUGAGCGCAGCAUUUUACACAGCUUGGUGAUCACACCCAAGGUGUUGAGCAAGAGCCACAGAAAAUUGUUUGCCCUUGAACCCUUCCAGCUGUUCCUUUCUGAAGUGGGAAGAUGAAUGCAUUUCUCCCUCUCUCCUCCUCACUCCAGCACUCCUCUCUGCCCCAGGGAUCCUCACCCAGCCUCUUGGGCAGGGAUGAGUGAGAGGAGCUCUCCUGUCACACCUCACAGGCUGGCAGCGCCUCCUGACCGGGCACAGCAGUGCCCAAAGCUCUCAGACCUGCUCUUCCCCAUUCCAGAGGGGUUCCAGCUGUAAUGCUACAGCAAAAUGCAGGGAACUGCUCAGUCCCCUCACAGUUAAGGGGUCAGUGCUGGGGUGAGUGAAGGCAUCAGUGCGUCACCCCGAAGGCUGGUGAAGCACAGGGAGCACUGCCCUGAGCAGCCCGAGCCUCCCUGGAAGGGACAGAGCAGCUGCACUCUGCUUGCUGGGAGCUACAGCCACAGCAGGACAGGACACCGUGGGGUACAGCACCACUGGGAAAGCACUCUUACUAAAAUUACUGCCUGAGCAGGGGCAUUAGGGUAUGUUUGUCCUACAUCCAUAGCCAAGGAACUUCAUCUGCUGUCAUUUCCUGAUCUAUAUCAGUCUCUAAGAAGUGAUUUUUUUCUAUUUAAAAUAAAGUGACUACAGUAAAGUUAACUCUAUGGUGGCAUUCUUGAAACACUGGUGUUAAGAGAUGCAGUUUGUACUGUCAGUUAGGGACUGAAUUUCCAAGCAGCAUGUAACAACAUCCUGGAAUUCUGAGCACUUGAUAAACUUCCCCAGGCCAAAGAGUUCAGUACAGUAAGACUCACUCUUCACCAAGCAUCACAACUAUUUAGCAAAAAGGAUUUAUUAAGAACUAUUAAAUACCUGAACCAGAGGCAGUUUAGGAACUAAUUCUUCUCAGUUGUCAUUAUCCAGAUGGCACUGAUAGAACCAGGGCAGUGUAUUCAUUCUGCUUGCACAAAUUAUCUGCAAGGGCAUCUUCUGACCAGCAGAAACUGCCUUCUGCCAAGGAGGAUGCUGCUGGGGGAGUGGCUCUGCUUUAGAUAUCAGAAAUAAUUUAAACCCACAAGCAUUUCUCUGUCUGCCAACUGCUUUAGCUCUUUUAAAGCAUUUGAAUUUGUGGGGUCUUGAAAGGAAACCAAACUCACUGUGUCUCAUGCUAUCAAAUUAACAGCAUUCACACUAGCACCAAGAUAAAACUUUAUUUAAUAUUUAUUCCCUGUCUGUCGGUUGGAAGGAUUCCGAUGAAAGAGGAGGUCCUUUAGCAGAUGCUGGACCCAUGCUUUGACCAAAUCAACACAAAAAUCAACUGAUUUGAAUGUAAAUGUGUGAACAGCUUAGAAGCAAAAGCUUGUGUUUCCCCACAAACAUCCAGAUCCAAGUACAUUGACAAUCCCUCUGGAAAAGCACUCAGAAAUGGCAUUCAUGUCUACUUACACUGAAACAAAGCUUAAUAAACACAAUAAUUAACUUUAUUUUCCAUACACAUAUUCUGCUGUCAGCAUAUUUGUACAGUAAUUUAAGAUCUGGAAAAUUGUACAUACCACUCUUCAUGCUGCAACAACCUUAAAGUGCUGGAUCCAUUUCUGACUUCUGUUGAAGCUCAAAAUAAUACUUUCUAUGUAUAUACAAUAAAUAUAUAUAUGUAUGUAUGUGUUUGCAUCUAGGAAAUGACCACAUUUCACUAAGAUAGCCUUGCAAAAGUGAUAUUAAAUACUUCACUCUGCAAUCUCAGCAUGAGAACAUAGCUGUGAUCCAUCUGCUGGUGGCAGAGAAGCACCACACUGGCAAGUGGGUGUACUCAUAAAAUGCCACUUGAAAUAAUUCCAUUUAACACUGGUAGGGAAAUCAAGUAUUGCAAGAGCAAAGGUACGAUACAAGAGACCAAGACAACCAAACCUAAAGCAUACAGUUCAGCAGCAUUGAUUUACAUUCCUAAAAAUAAAAAAGAAAAAAAAUAGGACAACUUGUUCCAAGAGCCCAUUUGUACUAUGGAAUCACUUUUGUCAGAAUCAGGUAGAGUGUAUCUUUGGUCACUGUGAGGACAAGAAUAAUUGAAUAUACAGGCAUUUCUCAAACAUCAGAACUAACUCUUUGGAAAACUCCCUUUCCUGAAUACACAGCUAUUGUGAAUUACUUAAACAUCAGUGCUGACUGUCACCUUUGUGUGUGUGAAUUACUCAAGGUGCUUCCCCCACAGCACGGAUACAGGGUCAAUGUACAGGGAGAUUAAAUAUUGAAGCAGCUUUAGUAAACACUUGCUGCAGAGGACAAAACUUUGUGUGCCCCCAGGGGUUAUUGGCUGCAAAAGGCUUUUGCCAAGAUGGACCAAAAAGGUCCGAAGAGCAAGAGGCUUCUUUCAUUCCAUCAACAUGGACCUGAUGGGAACGAAGCAGAACACAACCACAAUGACUAAAUUCAAUUUUGAUACAGUUUAGAUAUGGAACACAGGAUUGCAAAGGUAUGGCUAAUAACAAAGAAAGCAUCUUCAAACAGGAAAGAUGCUCUUAUUCCUUUGGAAGUCACUUUCUUCACUACACAUAUAUUCAUUCCUGCUUUAUGAUCAGCAUUCCUCAUGCUAGAAAUUUUGUGCUCUUACACUGAGACAGCAAUAAUGAGGAGGUUAAAAGCAGAUUAAUUCUAUCAAACCUGAAAGCUUUCAUAUCUCCACUUGCUUUCAGAGAUCACAGCUUUUCAGUGAUGCUCUGUUCACCUAUGCAAGCUGUCCAAAGGAACUGCAGGAAGAUCUGAGCAACCUGUGUUCAGUCAGCCUGAGUGCUCUCAAAAUACUUUUGGUCCUCACAUGGACCAACGCUGUGUAGUUUCUUUUAUGUUCAGAAUCAAAGCUGAGAGAAACUGCAGCCAGUGAAAUUCCAGCCUCCCACCCUCAUCUCACAAUUGAGCUCAGAACAAAAGGAAAAUGCAGUUCAACAAAAUAGCACAGGAGACAUUUCCUUCAGCAGACUGUUGCCUUUUCUGAGUAGCUGAAGUUCUCCAGACCUGAACCUUAUCUUGGCAAAUUAGACACCAGGGUAGUGCAAAGCUGUUCAACCUACAUUA